UCGCAGACCAAGCAUGUCCUGGCCCUUUGAAGCUGGCUUCCAAGUUGUUCUGCCCCUGCAGAGGGUCCAACUAGGUCAUAUGUAUAACCCCUGGGGACUCAGGGGACCCUUCCUUGUAUUGCCCACUCAGCAUCACCAUGGAUGGAGAGACCAUCGCUUGUGCUGAUGGCUGCCAGGCCAUCGUGGACACGGGCACCUCUCUGCUGGCUGGCCCCACCAGCGCCAUUUCCAACAUCCAGAGCUACAUUGGAGCCUCUGAGAACUCUGAUGGCGAGGCAAGUCCAGCCCCAAAUGCUCUCUUCUAGACUCAGGUGGUGGGAGUACCAUGAGCAAGGAAUGAACCCCUUCUAACCCCCACACUCACACCUUCCAGAUGAUCGUCAGCUGCUCAUCCAUGUACUCCCUGCCCAACAUUGUCUUCACCAUCAAUGGAGUCCAGUACCCUGUGCCCGCCAGUGCCUACAUCCUGGAGGAGGAUGAUGCUUGCAUUAGCGGCUUCGAGGGCAUGAACCUUGACACCUACACUGGCGAGCUCUGGAUCCUGGGUGACGUCUUCAUCCGCCAGUACUUCACCGUCUUCGACCGUGCCAACAAUCAGCUGGGCCUGGCUGCCGCAGCUUAAGCACACAGCUUUGAAACCACUUGCAGAAAGAUUUGGCCUCAGUCCUGCACCACCAUUGGUGGACAGAAUUUUCCUGAUUGUUCUUCCUGAAACACAGUCACCUUCCAACAGAAGUAGAUACUUGGCCCUGUUCCCAUUCACACCCAUAACACAGAAUAAAAAUAGCUGAUAAAAAUAGGUUUGUGGCUCCUUCUCCUAACUAGAAUGUCUCCUCCCAUUGCUGGGGUCAUAACACCAGGCAGACAAGCAGAAAUGAACACGCCCACUAGGACAGCACCAAACACAGUGACAUUUCAUAACAGGCCAGAAGCAAUCAGAGAGAGAGGCAGCAUAAGAACACAAAACACUGAAUGGGUGAUCGGGAAACACACUGUUGGGUGCAUUCAAAAGCAGGAAUGAUUCUAGGGGGAAAAAAACAUUGAAAGGCUGGUUGCAAAUUCUGUAAAUAGGUUAAAAACUACAGAAUCAUACACUCCAAUGUGUAAAUGGUAUUGCAUAGGAAUUCUAUCUCAGGAAAGC